ACUCGGCCUGAGUGUAAGGGGAGAUAAGAAGUAUAUGCUUCCUGUGAAAGAUGGCGUCGAUUUUUCGGCAUUUUGUCUGUCGUGUUGUUGCUCCAGUGAGAUGUACUGCCACCAAAAAGCCCUGUCACAGAUAUCUGUCUACCAGAUUGGCAGAAGUUGGGAUACUAGAAACACCGAAAGAACAUGGAAAUUCCUAUGAGACUGGGCAGCUGUUCCUGCAUCGGAUAUUUGGUUAUCGUGGUAUUGUCCUCUUUCCAUGGCUGGCCCGAGUGUAUGACCGAGACACAGCCACGAAGACUGAGGAGAAGAGUGUGGAUGACAACACCACAGCUAUAGGGAAGGAGGUCAAGGGCAAGAACCACUUGUACUACCAGGUGCUCAUCGACGCCAGGGACUGCCCACACAUUCGAGCGCAGACGGAAGCAGUGACAUUCCUUGGUAACCAGGAAAACAGUCGAGCUCUGUAUGCUAUCCCAGGCUUGGACUACGUGGCCCAGGAAGACCUCCUCCCCUACACCAGCACUGAGCGCUCACCCAUACAACACGAGCUGUUCGACAAGUUCCUCAUGCACGAUACAGACAGCUCACCUCCCUUCAUGGCACGGGAGACGUUGCGAGCAUGGCAGGAGAAGAACCACCCUUGGCUGCAGCUGUCCGACGUUCAUCGAGAGACCACCGAGAACAUCCGCGUCACUGUCACUCCAUUCUACAUGGGAUGUAGGGAAUCACAACAGACACAUGUAUACUGGUGGAGGUACUGUGUGAGGCUUGAGAACCUGGGGGAGGAGACAGUUCAGCUCAGGGAGAGGCAUUGGAGAAUAUUCAGUCUGUCUGGCACCCUGGAGACAGUCCGCGGGCGGGGAGUUGUAGGGCAGGAGCCGAUCUUAUCUCAAGAGCAGCCAGCCUUUCAGUACAGUAGCCAUGUGUCAUUACAAGCUCCUAGCGGCCAUAUGUGGGGCACGUACAAGAUGGAGAGAAGAGACGGAACUACUUUCGACUGCAAGAUUCCUCCAUUUUCAUUAGAGAGUAAAUCAGAAGACAAUACAGGCCCACAUGCCUUCCUGGGAAGCUAGCACUGUGUUGCUAUGGUUACUGCAUGGACAUGUGUCUUGGGUGUCAUUGCCAUGGUUAAGGACUGUAUGUAUCGUUACUGGGGUGUUGUUACCAUGGUUACAGACGCCAUGGACUUGUUACAAGGGUGUUCGUUACUGACAACCGAAGAUGUGCGCCGUGUGUGAAAACUACUGGAAGAGCACAUAAAAGAAUCUGUAUAUACCAUUGUUUUCUUUAGGCUGUAUAUACCGCAUGUUCUGUGGACUGUAUAUAGCAAGUGUUUGAUGGAGAGAUUAAUGUUUCCUCAGUGGAAUUGUGCCCGAGCAAUGGUGUGUGUUAUUGGGGACAUCUUAUUAGCUUGUCUGAAUUUGUUUCCUACCUUUUCGUACUGUUAACAUUCAGAUUUAUUCUACUCAAAAUUUUGCUAUCUUUCCUACAUACUUCUGUCUCAGGUCAUGCCAAAAGUAAAAUUCAUUUCCGUUGAUUAAUCAAACAAAAUGGAACCUUAAUAUUCUAAAUUACCUUCUUGUUUGUAAAUUGAAUAAAGAUGGAUAGGCAUAUUCACAGCUUCAGAAAACAUAUAACCUAGAUAUGACAGAUUACCUGUAGUAAUAUGAAAGAAUCAAGUGUUCUUCUGUUUAGCAUUUCAAAUUCAACAAACCUUUCGACCGUUGUAAUUCUGACAGAUUUAAGUGGUUUGACAAUUCGAGGUUCUUCUCGAGAAAGCAGAUCUGUUUGUACUUAUUGAUGAAGUAGCCUGUGGGACAUGCUUGAUGAUCCAGGGGAGUAUAUCUCCAUUGUCUUGAGAUAAAUACCCUUGACCUUUCGCCACCACAGAUUUGUUCGGGGUUCGUGGUU